AUGAAUUCCUUGAAUGAUACGGCUACUGACGGCUGUGACUUUUGGUUCUUUGACGAUGUCACGCAAUGUGGCAGAGUUUAUUAUAUCAACUACAAAGUGCCGCUCAUCUUGACAUUGGUCGCCUUCCACUAUUUGAUAAUCAAUGUCAUAUCACAUUACAGAAAGUAUAACAUACUUCAUUUGCGCAAAACGAAUAUGGUGGAAGAGUUGGUGCACAAUGGUGGUGAGGAAGACACUGAGGGCUGUAAUGAGAAUCGCCCUUUACUGUCUGGUACCGGUGAAUCUUUGAACUACAAUACCAAUGAGAGCGCUGUACUCACAGGUCAGCAAUUGAAAGAGAGUCACUUCUCUAUUGAAAAAAUUAAGUUUCUCAAGGAAAAUGGCGAGCCUCAUGGCGAACCCAUUGUUGUAAGACGUGGGUUUGUCGAAAAGUCAAGGAUUAUCAUAGAGUUUUUUUUGGUUGUAUCGCAGGUCGUUUUGCAUACGUUCAUUUAUGUCAAUUACACCGGGGUGCUAUCUGAAUUCCCAUUCAAGAGCGCAGCUAUGGGUAUUAUACUAUGGUCAUUUCUGUUAUUUGUCACUUCACUUCGUCUCUUGAACGUCAAUCAAUCAUUCAAAUCCAUCAGUGAUUAUCCCGGAAAUUUAUGGUCAAUUUCUUUCGUCUCUUAUAUGUUUUUAUUGCUAUCAAACAUUCUUCCAUUUAGAUCCAUAUGCAUUGGUCACAUCACAAACUCCAUCGUUAGGAGGUACUACCUUUCUCAAACGUAUAUUGAUCUGGUACUAUUUUUGAUUUUAUUCUUUGCGCCAAUGGGUAACUCCUUCGCAGUAUAUUACAAAACAGAUGAAAAUAUUACGCCUUCACCAGAACCUACGGCUUCAAUUGCAAGCUUUAUUAGCUGGAGUUGGAUAAACAAUCUCAUUUGGAAAGCACACAAGCACACAUUGACAGCAGAUGAUACUUGGGGAUUAAUGAUUGACGAUUAUUCCAUUUUUGCUGCAAAAAGGUUUAAACGCUAUACUCAUAAUUUAAAAAAGAAGAGAACAUUUUCCGUCAACCUUUUGUCAUUUUUCGUCAAAUAUUUGACACUUCAAGCUUUCUGGGCUAUUAUCGAAAGUAUAAUCAGUUUCAUUCCUACAAUCUUACUGAAAAGAAUUCUGAAUUAUGUGGAAGAUAGGAAUUCUGCCUCUUCGAAUUUGGCUUGGUUUUAUGUUUUCUGUAUGUUCAUAUGCAGAAUCUUUGUAGCAGUCUGUCAAGGUCAAGCGCUGUUUUUUGGAAGAAGGGUAUGCGUAAGAAUGAAGGCGAUUAUCAUUUCGGAAAUUUAUGCCAAAGCCUUAAAGAGAAAAGUGUCAAAUAGUUCCAAGCAAUCAACGGAUGAAGCUGACCCUCAAAAGGUAAAUCAACAAGCAAAAAUAGAUGGAGAUGAAGAAUCUUCCUCGACUACUGCCAAUCUCGGUGCGAUCAUAAAUUUAAUGGCCAUCGAUGCUUUUAAAGUUAGUGAAAUCUGUGCUUAUCUACACGCUUUCGUAGAGGCCGUAGUCAUGGCCCUCAUUGCAUUCAUUCUACUUUAUUACCUUCUUGGUCCAGCUGCUAUUGUUGGUUCGAUUUUGAUUAUAGCUGCGAUGCCACUAAAUUUCAAGCUCGCAAUAUAUGUUGGUGAAUUACAGAAGAAAAGUCUCUCUGUCACAGACAAGCGUAUUCAGAGAUUAAAUGAAGCCUUCCAAGCUAUUCGUAUUAUCAAAUUUUUUUCCUGGGAAGAUAAUUUUGAAAACGAUAUUGAGAACAUAAGAGAGAAAGAACUGCACUAUUUAUUUCUAAGAUCGGUUAUCUGGGCAGCAAGCUCAUUUGUUUGGUAUAUCACACCGUCAAUUGUCACUAGUGCUGCUUUCUGUUAUUACAUUUAUGUUCAAGGUGAAGUUCUGACCACGCCUGUAGCUUUUACGGCACUUUCUUUGUUCGCCCUAUUAAGAACACCUUUGGAUCAACUUUCUGACAUGUUGAGCUUUGUAAUUCAAUCCAAGGUAUCAUUGGAUAGAGUUCAGAAUUUUUUGAGUGAAGAGGACACCGAGAAGUAUAAUCAGCUAACGGUUGACAAAAAAGGAGAGAAAAUCGCGUUCAAAAAUGCAACAGUCACUUGGGAUAAGAAUAAUAAACAAGACUUCAAAUUGAAACAUUUGAAUGUGGAGUUUAAAGUUGGAAAAUUGAAUGUCGUGAUAGGACCCACUGGUUCCGGUAAAACGUCGCUUCUCAUGGCGCUAUUAGGUGAAAUGCAUCUUUCAACUGGACAAAUUGUUGUUCCAUCAUUGGACCCAAGACAAUCGUUGCCUAUUGGUACUGAUGGCUUAACAAAUUCAAUGGCAUAUUGUUCGCAGGCAGCCUGGUUGUUGAAUGAUACCUUAAAAAAUAACAUUUUAUUCAGUGCACCCCUCGACGAAGCUAGAUACGAAGCUGUCAUAGAGGCCUGUGGUUUAAAGCGUGAUCUUGAAAUUCUGUCUGCUGGAGAUAUGACGGAAAUUGGUGAAAGGGGCAUAACCCUAUCAGGUGGUCAGAAGCAAAGAAUAUCGUUAGCAAGAGCACUCUACUCUAAUUCUAAACACGUUCUUUUGGACGAUUGCUUGAGUGCUGUUGAUUCGCAUACUGCUGCUUGGAUAUAUGAUAACUGUAUUACGGGACCUUUAAUGGAAGGUAGAACAUGUAUUCUCAUCUCUCACAACAUCGCUCUAACACUUAGAAAUGCUGAGUUAGUUGUAUUGUUGGAAAAUGGGCAAAUCAAGGACCAAGGAGAACCUCUUGCUCUCCUCCAAAAGGGUUUAUUAGGGGAAGAUGAACUAAUCAAGUCAAGUAUUCUUUCUAGACAUGCUUCUUCCGUAAAUUUGAAAGAUAAAAGUUCUGCUAGUCUAGCAAAUGCGGUCAAAAACAAGGAGGAACCAAAGACAAAACAAACUGAAGAAGAGCGUAUGAAGGACGGAAAACUGGUCGAGGAAGAAACGAAAGCUGAGGGCGUUGUCGGUCUUUCCGUUUACAAAUGGUAUCUUGACAUUUUUGGUGGUUGGAAGACCGUUUCUAUUUUAAUUGCAGCCUUUGUAAUCGCACAGUGUAUUUACAUUGGCCAGUCAUGGUGGCUUCGCGAUUGGGCAGCCCAUAAUAUUUCGGACAAGCUUAUUGCUGUCGGUCAGGGUAUUUCUCUCUUUGGACAUCGUGCCAUUAGUCGUAUUGGAAGUGUUGUAAGCUCCACGUUGGUGAUCCAGAGUCAUUUCAGUGAGAUCUCAUCCCAAGAACAGACACCAGCAGCUCACUCUACGGUUUACUACUUAGUGAUUUAUUUCUUGAUUGGUGUUUUUCAAUCUGUUUUAUCCGCAGUUAAGACCGUAAUCAGCUAUACAUUUGGUAUUCAGGCGUCUAGAAAAAUCUUCAAGUUAUUAUUGGCCAAGAUCUUGCAUGCCAAGGUACGCUUUUUUGAUUCGACACCUAUUGGCAGAAUAAUGAAUCGUUUCUCCAAGGAUCUUGAAGGUGUAGAUCAAGAACUGACACCAUAUAUUGAAGGCUCCUUUUAUUGUUUGAUCACUUGCCUGUCGACGGUUGUAUUGAUCACUAUCAUAACGCCACAAUUUCUGUUUGUUGCUAUUACUGUCAUGAUUCUAUACGCUCUUGUUGGUUAUUUUUACUUGUCCGCUUCAAGGGAAUUAAAAAGGUUAGAUUCAAUUUCACGAUCUCCUAUAUACCAACAUUUUUCAGAAACAUUAGUUGGUGUCACAACAAUUCGUGCUUACGGUGAUGAAUCCAGAUUUUUGCAGGACAAUUUGCAGAAAAUUGACGACAACAACAAACCCUUCUUUUAUUUAUGGGUUGCCAAUCGUUGGUUGUCUUUCAGAAUAGAUCUUAUUGGUGCUCUAGUGAUUUUUGGAGCCGGUGUUUUUAUCUUAUUAAAUAUCGACAGUAUUGAUUCGGGUAAAGCAGGUAUUUCACUAACAUAUGCAAUUACUUUCACAGAAGGGGCCCUAUGGCUUGUACGUUUCUAUUCUAAUGUCGAGAUGAAUAUGAAUUCUGUUGAGAGACUAAUGGAAUACAUGGAUGUUGAACAAGAGCCUCGCAUGGAGCAUGCUUUGACGCCACCAGCAGAUUGGCCUCAGCAGGGUAAAGUAGAAGUCAAUGAUUUAUCCUUGCGUUACGCACCUAAUUUACCUAGGGUCAUCAAAAACGUUUCAUUUAUUAUUGAUGCCAAGUCGAAGGUCGGAAUUGUUGGAAGAACUGGUGCCGGUAAAUCUACUAUAAUUACUGCUUUGUUUAGAUUCAUUGAUCCCGAAACUGGCUACAUAAAAAUUGACAACGUUGAUAUUUGCUCGAUUGACCUUCAAAAAUUGCGUCGUUCUAUUACAAUUAUUCCACAAGAUCCGACCCUAUUUACUGGUACUAUAAAGAGUAAUUUAGAUCCCUACGAUGAGUACACGAACCAAGAGAUAUUCAGAGCUUUAAAACGUGUCAAUUUAGUGAGAUCUGAGGAGUUGGAACGGUUCCAUAACGAUACUUCCUCGAUAAGUUCAGAAAAUGUCAACAAGUUCUUGGAUUUAGAGAGUGAGAUAACCGAAGGAGGCGGAAACAUAUCUCAAGGACAACGUCAGUUGAUGUGUUUGGCACGUUCAUUGCUCAGGUCACCAAAGAUCAUUCUGCUUGAUGAAGCCACUGCCUCCAUUGAUUAUGCUUCGGAUGCGAAGAUUCAAAAUACUAUUAGAAAAGAGUUUAGUGGCAGUACCAUAUUGACCAUUGCUCAUAGAUUGAGAUCUGUUAUUGAUUAUGACAAAAUUCUUGUGAUGGAUGCUGGUGAAGUCAAAGAGUAUGAUCAUCCUUAUUCACUACUAUUGAAUAAAAACAGUAUAUUUUAUAGCAUGUGUGAGCAAAGUGGAGAGUUGGAAAGCUUAAUUGAAUCUGCCAAGGAGGCCUUUGUAGAAAAGCUGAACGCUAAGUAG